GGGUGCAAACCAGGCGCAUAUAUACAUAGUCGUCGAUUGUCUGCACUACCUAGCUACCUGGCAACAUAAACACGCACGUGUGUCAGUGUGUGUGCUAGUGCUAGCUAGGCUCCUGCUAGCAGUGUCGUCAGAGUGCAGCUAGCGCAGAGAGAGACGGGUACGUAGCGUAGCGUUCCUCGACGACGACUGGUCGGUCGAGACUGCGCGCGCGCCACGGCCAGCAGAAUGGCGACCAAGCUCAUCAUCAUCGGCAGCGCGCGGGCGCCGGCGGCUGGAGUCGUCGUCGGCCUUCUGCUCUUGACGACGUGCCUGUUGCUCGCGGCGACCGUCUCGAGUGCCAGCAGGCCGCUGAAGGUAUCGUCAGAGGGCGAUGAUGGUGGUGCGCAGCAGCAUACGGUGGAGGAGUCGCCGCCGGUGGGUUACAUCCAGACGGUGGUGGUGGUCAGGGCCGCGGAGCAGGACGGCGGUGCUGCAGCAGGCCACAGGUUGAUGAGCGUCGACAUGCUCGGCGGGAUCAAGAACUCCGGCCCGAGCCCCGGCGACGGCCACUAGGCGCGCCAUCCCGUACACGCCGGCCGGCCGGCCCGGAGUAAGUGACAGGGCCGGCGAUCCCUGUCACCCUGUCACCCUGUGUGCUGGUUUCAGAUUUCAGAACACACGGGAGGGAGCUAGUAGGCUUUAGAUUAAUGUCGAUCGUCGGCAGUUCGGCACGACGGGCUCUUCUUUUUGUUCUUUACUAAGGUUUCGGUAGUGCUGUCUUAUGCAUGCAUGGCAAAGUAAUACAGUAGCUGGUAGAAUUAUUGCAAUGUAAUAUGAAAAGUAAAUAUAUACGUUGUAUUGUAUGAAACUGAACCCAUGUACAUAAGCUUAAUCAUUUCUUACUCAUAUGCUCAAUGCAACUCAACUAUAGUA